CUUAUACGUGAUUCGGGCUCACAUCUAGGGGAUCGGUGAGGUCUUCAUUAGGUUAUGACAGGAGGGAGUUCGAGCAGACUCGAACAUGGAACUGGAUCUCCGGUAUGCUCCACCUGAACACGCACGGCUCCCAGGUCGGGUAUUCGAGUUUCCAAAAGCAUUGCUCCACUGACAGUACCCACAGGAAAAACAUAUAUAAUGAUCGACUUUCAGUCUCAAAUAUCUCAACAUAACGCAAAUCCCUCCCUCACAAAUCACCUUGAAACCUCUCAGCAUCUGAUCAGCAUCACAAAAACCUCAUCAGACAUGUUUUCUAUCGUAUCCGCUUUCACUGCCCUCGCCAUCGUUAGCAGGGCGAUCGCCUACAUCAAUACCGGAGUUCACUGUGGUACCACUGCCGAUGCCACUCUCUCCGAUUGCGAGGCCUUGGUCAAUGACCAGUCCAUCUGGGAUGCAGCUUUCAACACAGGCAAUAUUUGCCAUUACAGCAACGUCAUUGAGAACGGUGGCAUCCCUGCAGAGGCCUAUAACGUCGCCUGUCACGGCAACUGCUGCGUCUAUGUAGCUGGGUAUGCCGCCAAUCAAAUUGAUAAGUAUUUCACCCAAGAGCAAGCUCAAGGCCUCCUCGGAUGUGGAGACACCGCCAACAACAAGAUUAAUGCACUCCAAACAUUCGAUGAUCACGGUGUCUGCAUCAGCAGCGGUGACGGAUGCGGAGAUUGCUUCGAUGACUCUGACUUUACCAAGCGAUGGAUUCCCAAACGUCGAGCUGUAGAAUUUGGUCGAGACAAGUUCUAGAUCAGCUCAGCUUCUAAAGCCAAAGAGCUGUUACUCGAUCACGCUGAGAUUGCUUCUUAAGUAUUCCCUGACUAUGUAGCGAUAUGCAAUAAAGAUACAAUGAAGGAUUCCGAAC